AUGAAGAAAAUGGGCUUAGCCAUGGGCACAGUUCUGUCAGACAAGGACAUAGUGUUGCUACCCUCAGACACUAGACACCACAAUACUAUCCCCUAACUUGAUUUUGCCCAUGCCACCCACUGGGCUGCCUCUGGGCAGGUGGAGAACAUCGCCUGAAAGGCCUUCCAGACCCUGGACAUGAGAAGAGCCUUCUUAGAGUGGAGUGAGAUCAGGUAA